AUGGCUGGUGUGAGGACUUUGGUCUAUAGCACCGGAGCGGCCUGUACGGAGCUAACCAAGGGCACGGUUUCUCUCCGACAUCUCGACACGAAGAACCAGAUCGAGAAGUAUGCCCGCUCCACGAGCGCCUUUGAAAAUCUUGUUCCCAUCAUACCGGGGUACUUUCUAGAGAAUUUCCUUUUCAAGCAGGGCGCAUCCAUCAUGGGGGGGUUCCCAUGGGAGACUGAUGCGGAGGAAUAUUUGACAUGGAAGGUACCGUACUGGGGUGGCGAUGAGCGAAUCCCCUUCCUUAGCGUUGCGGAUGACUUCGGCGAUAUUGUUCACGGUGUUUUCCUCUCUCCGUCAGAGUAUCAUCUUCAGGUAGUGCAAGCCAUGAGCGAGAUCACGAAUUACCAUAAAAUGACAGAGGAGUUCGCACAAGUGACCGGUAAGAAAACACGGUUCCACCCGGUACUACCAACCUGGAAGGCGUUUGAUGCCUCAGGAAACCACGGAUUCGAGGAUGUAAAAUCCAUGUUCGGAUUUACUCAAGAGACCCAAGGGCACUACUUUGGUCGAGAAGCCACAGAUGAUCAGGUUUCUAAGAAUCUCAAAGCGAGCGCUGUCCAGAAUUAUAAAGAGCCGCAGGAAUCGCCCUCUUUGAACACCGUUCGCGCUUGGUUUGCACGGGAGUUUGCUGCGUGA